CUGAAGGGGACAUCUACCCGCUGAUGGACAUGGGCGCUCCUGAGCCUGAUCGCCUGGACCAGACCCUGACAGACUACGUCCUGGUGGCCGAUUACCGCACCCAGAGGGACCCCAGCCAGGUCCGCCGGCAGCGGCAGUUCCUGAAGGAGCUGCAGGCCAAGGGCUUCCAGUUCAAGGCCCCUCCGAGCUCAGCUGGGCCGUGGGAGCGGAGACUGGCCAAGGGCACUUCCGGCAUGUGGAUCCGAGGCCAUGGAGGGUCUCCUGGGGAUGCAGGGGAGGAGCAAGGGGAGGACGAUGAGAAGAGGCACCUUGAUGAGGGGGCGGGUCCACCGAGGCGACGCGGAGCCAUCCUGUGUUUCAGAAUCCGGAUCGUCAACUUCAUCCUCAACUGCAGGACAGCAGCUGGCGACACAUUCGACGAUUUGGUGAAGGACGGGGUCUUUGAGACCCGGUUUCCCCUGCACAAGGGGAAGGAGACCCUGAAGAGGACAUGGGCCCGUUGGAGAAACAUGUUCCGUAAGCAGCCCGUCGACGAUAUCAGGAACUACUUUGGUGAGAAGGUGGCCCUGUACUUCGCCUGGCUCGGCUGGUACACCUGCAUGCUGGUCCCCGCCGCGUUGGUCGGCCUCAUCGUCUUCCUGAGCGGCUUCUCGCUGUUCAAUGCCAGCCAGAUCAGCCCCGCCUGUGACCCCCUCCUCCGCGCAGCCACCGUGUUCCUGGAGUUCUGGAAGCGGCAGCGGGCCCGCGUCGUGCUGGACUGGGACCUGUACGGGUGGGACGAGGACCAGGAGGAAGUGGCGCUGGAGCUCAUUAACUGCCCGGACUACAAGCUGCAGCUGCACCAGCACUCCUACCUGCGGAGCACCAUCAUCCUCAUCCUGUCCCUGCUCAUGAUCUGCCUCAUGAUCGGCAUGGCUCACGUCCUGGUGGUCUACCGCGUCGCGGCCGCCGCCGUCUUCAGCAGCUCGGCCCUGCCCUUCCUGGAGGACCAGGUGACCACGGCCGUGGUGGUGGCGGGGGCCCUGCGAGCCCCCCAUAGGAGCCCUCUGUGUCGCCCACAGGUCAACAAGUAUGUGGCCCUGAAGCUCUGUGACUACGAGAAGUCCAGGACCUUCUCGGAGCGAGAGAGCAAGUUCACGGUGAAGUUCUUCACGCUGCAGUUCUUUGCACACUUCUCCUCGCUCGUCUACAUCGCCUUCAUCCUGGGCAGGAUCAACGGUCACCCCGGGAAGACCGUGCGCCUGGCAGGCUUGGGGGCAGCUGAGGGCGUCAGACAGACAAGGGAGGCAGGGAGACCUGAGCCCCUUCCCGUCUAUGCCCAGGACGGGGGGUCAGGAGAGCGAAGGCCGGGCUGUAGGCCUUGGCCCAGGUCUCCUCGCGGGGUCUGGCCCGGUGGCUGCCAUGGGUGCCGUUCCCAGAGAUGGGACGAGGCCCCCCGACUAUCCAGGCUCUUGGCUUGGGGGAUGGACGGUGGGGGAUGGACGGUGGGGGAUGGAUGGAGGUGGGGCAGGCAGCAGCAGUGGUUACGGCUGCAGGAACCAGACAGCCUCUCCCCACUGCUUGGCCCAGGGACCUGGCUGCAGGUGCUAGAGACCAUUGGCGUGCUGGCGGUCAUUGCCAACGGGAUGGUCAUCGCCUUCACGUCCGAGUUCAUCCCCAGAGUGGUCUACAAGUACCGCUACGGCCCGUGCCGGCAGGGCGCACGCUCUUCAGUCGACUGCCUCACUGGCUACAUCAACCACAGUCUGUCCGUGUUCCACACCAAGGACUUCGAGGACCCGGUCAAGAUCAAGGGCUCAGAGAACAUCACUGAAUGCAGGUACCGGGACUACCGCAACGCUCAGGACUACAACUUCUCGGAACAGUUCUGGAUCCUCCUGGCCAUCCGCCUGGCCUUCCUCAUCCUCUUCGAGCACGUGGCCCUGUGCAUCAAGCUGGUGGCGGCCUGGUUCGUGCCGGACGUGCCGCAGUCGGUGAAGAACAGGGUCUUGGAGCAGAAGUACAAGGUGCUCCUGGGCAAGCUGUGCGGGGGGCCCAGGCAGAUGUGGGGGCCGGGCCUGGGCCUGCGGGCCACUCCUGCCUCCAGCUCCAGCCUCAGGAGCACGGACGUGUAAGGGACCCGGAGCUGCUGCUGGCACCAGGCAGGGCCUCAGCCGCCACCGCCGCCUCCACCCUGCUCACGGCCAUGUGUGUGUGUGUGUGUGUGUGGAGGGGGGUGUAAGAAGGCUCACAUGUAUGUGGGUGUAUGUGAGGGGUCCUGGGAAGCCUGUGUAUAUGAGGAGUCCCGGGAGGCCUGUGUAUAUGAGGGGUCCUGGGAGGCCUUGUAUAUGUGGGACACUGGGGGGUCUGUGUAUAUAAAGGGCCCAGGAAGGCCUGUGUAUAUGAGUGGCCUGGGGUGGCCCCUGUAUAUGAGGGGGCCCAGGAAGGCCUGUGUAUAUGAGUGGCCUGGGGUGGCCCCUGUAUAUGAGGGAUCCUGGGGGGGGGGUCUGUGUAUAUGAGGGGUCUAGGGAGGCCUGUGUAUAUGUGGGGUCCUGGGAGGCUUGUGUAUAUGAGGGGCCCGGGGAGGCCCCUGUAUAUGAGGGAUCCUGGGGGGGCGGUCUGUGUAUAUGAGGGGUCUAGGGAGGCCUGUGUAUAUGUGGGGUCUUGGGGGGCGGUCUGUGUACAUGAGGGGCACUAGGGCAUCAGGGGGCAGCACACUUACCUAUUCCAUCUGUUAGGGCUCGGGCUUGGCCCAACCCUGGCUUGAACUCCGGGUGAGCACUGCCCCCCAUACAACGGAGGGGGGUGCUUUUUAUGCAAGCACAACACAGGAAAGCCAGCCGUUGCUGGGCCCCCUCUGGCUUCUGGGCCCCAUCCUGCCCCACCCCCUCCCUGGCUAGUCAGAGGCCCCGGCCCCACCUCUCUGGCUCCCCUUAGCCAGCAGAACUUUUUAUAAUAAAAUAAAACCUCUUUGUGCCAAC